GAGCCAAGCAUGGCGGACGAGGAGAGGGACAGUGAUGGAAAAACAGAACCCGAAGGAGCAACUGAGAGUGACAGCGAAGGGGCGAACGUAGGAGAGAAUGAGAAGGAAACCCCAAAGACCUUCAAGGAUCUGGGGGUCACAGACGUGCUAUGCGAGGCCUGUGAGCAGCUGGGGUGGAAGAGUCCCACAAAAAUCCAGGUGGAGGCCAUACCUGUAGCGUUGGAAGGGCGUGAUGUCAUCGGCCUGGCGGAGACAGGCUCGGGGAAGACGGGGGCCUUCGCCCUCCCCAUCCUGCAGUCGCUCCUCUCUUCUGCACAGCGCCUUCACUCCCUCGUUCUCACCCCGACCCGUGAGCUUGCCUUCCAGAUCGCUGAGCAGUUUGAGGCCCUGGGAUCCAGCAUCGGGGUCAAGACUGCUGUCAUAGUCGGAGGGAUUGACAUGAUGUCACAGUCCCUUGCCCUUGCCAAGAAGCCCCACGUCGUCAUUGCCACCCCCGGCCGACUGAUUGACCACCUGGAGAACACCAAGGGCUUUACCCUGCGGGCGCUCAAGUUUCUGGUGAUGGACGAGGCCGACCGGAUCCUCAACAUGGACUUCGAGACGGAGGUGGACAAAAUUCUGAAGGUGAUCCCCAGAGAGCGACGGACAUUCCUCUUCUCUGCCACCAUGACCAAAAAGGUUCAGAAGCUGCAGAGGGCGGCGCUAAAAGACCCAGUCAAGUGCGCCGUGUCGACCAAAUACUCAACCGUGGACAAGCUGCAGCAGUACUACAUCUUCAUCCCGUCUAAGUACAAGGACUGCUACCUGGUGUCCAUACUAAAUGAGCUUGCAGGGAACUCCUUUAUGAUCUUCUGCAGCACCUGCAAUACUGCCCAGAGAGUGGCACUAAUGCUAAGGAACCUGGGCAUCACAGCCAUCCCCCUGCAUGGGCAAAUGAGUCAGAACAAACGCCUGGGCGCACUUAACAAGUUCAAGUCCAAGUCCUGCUCCGUGCUCCUGGCAACGGAUGUUGCGUCUCGAGGGCUAGACAUCCCGCAUGUUGACUGCGUUAUCAACUACGACAUCCCCACUCACUCCAAGGACUACAUCCACCGGGUGGGGCGAACGGCGCGAGCGGGGAGGUCUGGGAAAUCCAUCACCUUCGUCACACAGUAUGAUGUGGAGCUCUUCCAGCGAAUUGAAAGCCUGAUUGGGAAGAAGCUGCCCGCCUUUCCCACCCAAGAGGAGGAGGUGAUGAUGCUGGUGGAGAGAGUCAGUGAGGCCCAGAGAUUUGCCAGGAUUGAAAUGAAAGAACAAGGGGAGCAGAAGAAAAGGCCCAGAGGAGGAGAGGGAGAGGGGGAUGAUACAGAACAGUCCAGCGGGGUGCGGAAGAAAGUGAAGGGGGGGAAGGGUGGGUUUGGGGGUGGAGGGAGUGGACGUGGUGGAGGGAGAGGGCGGUAGAAAAGCAACACCCACAUGAACUUAAAUAUUCAGGCCCCCUCUCUCAUUCACACACAUGUGUGCACAUACACACACACACAAUCAUGCAUUCACAUCUGGAUUCCCUGUUGCCCCCCCCUGUAUUGAGAUGUAACCAUUCUAUGAAUUUUCAGGUGCUGAUCCAUCCUGCACUUAUUUAUCAAGAACCCCUGUCUUUGUCCUGACAUUUUCCUCAUUCUGCUUUUCCUAAAUAAAAAUAAGUACAUACAUUUUGUAACAAACUGAAUAUGCUCAAAUAACUUGAAUUGUAUUCCCAGCUAUGUUUUGUACAGCAGUAACAGAAGAGACUGUUACUGAAGCAAUCAAUGUGUGUCGGUAAUUUGUAAUAAAAUGCACUGACUUCUGACGGGAGGGGGGUACAUUCUUCUUGAAACUGGCCUCGGGGAGAGUGCCAAGAGCUGUGCACGGUGUUGCCGUGCUGACCGCCGCUUCUGUAUUUGGAUUUUGGACUCAUUUCACAGCGUCAGACUUUGAAACUAGACCCAGUGGAGGGGAGAGCGCGGUUGGUGAUGGGAAGGCCUUCCCACAAUGGCCUCUGAUUCUCAUUCUCUGUGUCUCUCCUUUAACUCUCGCACACAAUCUCUCUGUCUCUCUGCUAGGAGUGGUGAGGUUCUCAGUCCAUAA